GAUGGCGACGUCCGUGGGCCAGCGAUCUCUGCGGUUACUGCGGGGGGUCACGCUGUGGCGGAGCAGCCUCCUUCACUGUGAAAAUACUGCCCUGAACCAUUAUCUACAAUCCUUAAGGACGCUGCCUUUCAGAGCCUUUCGUACAGAUGCCAGAAAAAUCCACACUGCCCCUGCCCGAGCCUUGUACCUGCUGCGCCCCCUGCCCAUUCUGUUGGCAACAGGCGGCGGGUAUGCGGGGUACCGGCAGUAUGAGAAGUACAGGGAACGAGAGCUGGAGAAGCUGGGAUUGGAGAUUCCACCCAAACUUGCUGGUCACUGGGAGGUGGCCUUAUACAAGUCGGUGCCAACGCGCUUGCUGUCACGGGCCUGGGGCCGCCUCAACCAGGUGGAGCUGCCGCACUGGCUGCGCAGGCCUGUCUACAGCCUGUACAUCUGGACGUUCGGCGUGAACAUGAAGGAGGCGGCCGUGGAGGACCUGCACCACUACCGCAAUCUCAGCGAGUUCUUCCGACGCAAGCUGAAGCCACAGGCUCGGCCCGUGUGCGGCCUGCACAGUGUGAUCAGCCCAUCAGAUGGAAAGAUCCUCAACUUUGGGCAGGUGAAGAACUGUGAGGUGGAGCAGGUGAAGGGGGUCACGUACUCCCUGGAGUCGUUCCUGGGCCCACGCACCUGCACAGAGGACCUGCCCUUCCCACCAGCCACUGCCUGCCGCUCCUUCAAGAACCAGUUGGUCACCAGGGACGGGAACGAGCUUUACCACUGUGUCAUUUACCUGGCCCCUGGGGACUACCACUGCUUCCACUCCCCCACCGACUGGACUGUUUCCCACCGGCGCCACUUCCCAGGCUCCCUAAUGUCGGUGAACCCUGGUAUGGCCCGCUGGAUCAAGGAGCUUUUCUGCCACAAUGAGCGGGUGGUUCUGACCGGGGACUGGAAACAUGGCUUCUUCUCGCUGACGGCUGUGGGGGCCACCAAUGUGGGCUCCAUCCGCAUCUACUUUGACCGGGACCUGCACACAAACAGCCCGCGGUACAGCAAGGGCUCCUACAAUGACUUCAGCUUCGUCACGCACGCCAACAAGGAGGGCGUCCCCAUGCGCAAGGGCGAGCACCUGGGCGAGUUCAACCUGGGCUCCACCAUCGUGCUCAUCUUCGAGGCCCCCAAGGAUUUCAACUUCGAGCUGAAAGCAGGACAAAAAAUCCGCUUUGGGGAGGCUCUGGGCUCCCUUUAGAGCCCGUCCUGGCUGUGGCUGCUGAGGAAUCGUUUCCAAGAGGAGGAAAACACGAGGGUCUUGUACAUGGGAAACCCACAGGGUGUCCAGGUGAGGGGCCGUCUCAGGGCCAUGUGGAGUCUGGCAGGUAGGACCUGAAUGACUGUUCCCACCUGUCCCAGAGAUGGAAACGAGAGGU